UAUGUGGCUGUUCUGUGCUGUCCCUGGGGUUAUUGGUCACUUCUUUACAACAUAAGGGGUUGAUUUCCCUGUUACUGCACAUUACUUCAUUGCCUCUGUGAUGCACAAGACAAUAGCACAUAGUGACCCUGCAACUAUCUCCCGUUGCUAAUGUUGUUGAUGCCCCACAGAUCACCCUGGGACAGUAUUAAACAGGUGAUACAAGGACUGCAUGGGUGUUGUGUGCUGUUUUGUGUUGCAGAUCGUGAGGAUGAUGAUGAUGACUCCAGCAAUAAGGAUAAACGUGAUGACAAGAGAGAGGGACGCAGGUACAAGGGACGUGUGUGCAAGGACAAGGACAAAGUGAAGCAGAUGAUCACUGUUAACCGAGAUCUUCUCAUGGCCUUUGUUUACUUUGAUCAAAGUCACUGUGGCUACCUGCUGGAGAAGGAUUUAGAAGAGAUCUUGUACACUCUGGGACUGCACCUCUCUCGUGCUCAGGUGAAGAAGCUAUUUAGUAAAAUAAUGCUUAAAGAAUCCUUCUAUUACCGUAAACUAACAGACACUUGUAAAGAGGACGGGAGCCAUGAAGAGCUAGAACUCUCACAUGAAGAAAUUCUAGGAAAUAGGUUACUUCUCCCUGCUAAGGCCGUACGGCCGGUUGCACCUAGUGCACAUGAGGGCAGCGGUCUUAUUGUCUUUAAUGGCGCAAUGGUAGAUGUUGGAAGUCUUCUUCAGAAAUUAGAGAAGUGUGAAAAAGGCAGAUCUGACUUGGAGCAAAAGAUACAAAUACUGGAAACUCGAACUGCUGACGAUGAGAAACUUAUUUCCCAGCUUGAAGCUUCAAACAAAAGUUUGUCUGAGGAGUUGGAUGAAACCAAACGACGCCUGGGCCUGGUGCAGAUGAGCCUGCGCAGUGCGGAGGACAUGAAGUCACAAUUUGAGGACCAGAUGAAUAAAGCCAUAAGGAGUCUGUCUGCAACCAUGGAGGAAAUGCAGAGCACCUUAAACCGGAAUCCGUCAACAACUGAAGAUCAGAAAUCUAAAGAAAACGGAUCUGGUUUUUGAUACAAUUUUUUCGUCAUGUUGGAAUUUGUUAAAUAAUGUAAAUCUGAUGCAGCAGAGUGAGACGUGUGUUUUACUUGUUAUUUAAUGAAGAAAGAUGUAUAAAGUUUUACAGACAUGCGCGGCCGCUUGAUUUCUCACCGCGAGCAGGACGCACCUUUUCUAUCAGUUUAGAGAAAAUAUCUUAAUGAAAUUUAAAAACAAAGUUAUUUAGUUUAUAAAAAUCAAUUCAGAUUGUUCCCUUUUUUUUUUUCUUUUUUUUUUUUUUUUAAGAGAAACACAAUAAAACUAUGUUUGGAAAAGUAGGGUUA